AUGCAAUCCAGUGAUCAUCUUCUUGAAUUGGAAAAUAACCGAAGGGCAGAAGACUUAAGCGUUAAAAUCAGCCUCUUGAAAUCAUAUGCAAGAGAAAUUCAAGUUGAGGCCAAAGAGCAAAAUCAAUUUCUCAGUACAGUUCAGAAUGCUGCUGAUUCUGCUGGGAGUAUGCUGUCGCGAACUGUUGGUCGACUGGUAGGUAUGCCCGCAAAUCGUCAUAACAAUCGAAAACUUCUCUGCCUUACUGUGGCUGUUUUCUUUUUUGUCUUUGUAAUCUACUCAAUGAUUCGUCUAUUGGCUGUUUAA